CUUGCUGUGGAGAAAGGACGAAGAGAAAGAGAGAAAGAGAGAGUGGACGCCGCUCCAGACAAACAAAAUAACACGUACAUUUUCAAUCGACCCCAGAAAACAUCGCAAACAUGGCUUCAAAGUGCCCCAAGUGUGACAAGACGGUGUAUUUCGCUGAGAAGGUGUCAUCGCUGGGAAAGGACUGGCACAAGAUGUGCCUUAAGUGUGACCGCUGCAACAAGCUGCUCAACGCCGGAGGCCACGCUGAGCACGAUGGAAGACCCUACUGCCACAAACCGUGCUAUGCUGCCCUCUUUGGGCCAAAAGGUGUGAACAUCGGUGGAGCCGGUUCAUAUGUGUAUGAUACUCCAGCCAACAACAACGCACCUUCUACUGGUGUGGAUUCAGCCCCCAAAGCCGAGGAAAAGAAAACAUGGCAACCCAAGGCACCAUCAAAAGCUGGCAGCAUCACCACUUUUUCCGGAGAAGCCAACCUGUGUCCCAAAUGCAACAAGAAGGUGUAUUUUGCUGAAAAGGUGACAUCACUGGGCAAGGACUGGCAUCGGCCCUGCCUGCGCUGUGAGAGGUGCAGCAAGACUUUGGCAGCUGGCAGUCAUGCAGAGCAUGAUGGUCAUCCCUACUGCCACAAACCCUGCUAUGCUGUUCUCUUCGGGCCCAAAGGCGUGAACACUGGUGGUGUGGGCAGCUACAUCUAUGACAAGGAGCCCAGUGCAGUUACCGAGCCUUGAACCUUUUGUCCCCCCAGCCUCAUCCCUCUCUACACAACACUGACCAUCAGCCACAGUAUUACUUGUAGACUUUUCUCUCUCCAUCCCUCCUGUAUGUUCACACCUGAGACAACCAGCCUUCUGCUCCAGAUCCUCUCCUCAGUCUCUGCUCUUCUCCUUUAUUCUGACCCGCUCCCAGAAGCCCCCGGAUCAGAUUUAGCGCCAUGAGGAAUGAUUCAUUGAUUACAAAUGCUGCCGAGACAUGUGUUAUAUGUAUUUGUUCCAGGAGAGCCCUCAACACAAGCACACAAAGUUGUUGUUCUGCAUCCAGCAUUCCCACAUGAUUGCUAUAAGUUAUUGCACACCAUGCAUUUAAAUUAUUCCAAUGUUUUUGCCAUAUUUACACAUUUAUAAAUGUAUGCGAACACAUUACAAGUCACCACAGUUAAAAAAUGAAGUCUUAUAUUUCAAUUUUCAAACCCAAGAUUGAAAGAUGUCAAGCUUUGAGAUGAUGUAUCAGUAUGAUUUAAACAAACAAAAAAGAUGGAUAGUGAUCCUCAGGUGUGGAAAGCUGCAUUGGUGGUAGAGUUGCGUUGACCGUAAUGUGCUGACAGCCAGAGGAAUUUCAUUUCGAAGGCUGCUGCUCUCACAGGUGGUGCUCAGGAGCAUAUUGCCAAUAAAUCUGUAUUUUUUCAAAUGCCAUAUUUAAAGUUUGGCUGCCUGACAACAUUCCUUAUGUUUAAAAAUCCUGUCCAACAUAUUGUGUAAAGAUCAUUGCAGGUGGGACAACGGAUCUCAGAGGCAACUGUUACAUGACUUUCAGCACAUCCAUGAGGCUGUAUUAAAAAAAACAUUGUUUUACUUUUGAGUAUUAUAAGUUAAUAACCUGUUUUACAUCCAAAUCUGGAUAAUAUUAAAAUAUGUGUCUAAUAAAUAACACAAACUUGUCCCAGUUGUUAUAAGUAAUAUUUUUCAGGCUGAAUCAUUCUAAGAGGCAGAAUGUGGGUGAAGAUUUGGGAAGGGAGGGCUCUGAUUUGCCAGGGGUCAGACAUGUAUUUAUUACUCUUUUUAAUGAAUUAAAGUCCUUUAAAUUUUCAUUAGCCAUUAUACUGACAGAUUAUGAAUGAGGUAAAGAAAAAAAGAAAGGCGAUGUAAGCUGUAUAAUUCUCUAUGGUGAAGAUUUUUAUCAUUUUUUUCAAAUAAAUAACCCUGCUGUUAUUUUCCAAGAGACGACACGCUAUUUUAAGUAUUAUAUUGUUUUUGCCAUUAGCAAAUACAGUAGCUUAGCUUGUAGAAACAGAUGAGACACUGCGGACAAGUCAUUCUGUGAGAAUGUGCAUUCUAGUAUUAAUGUAAAACUGUUACUGUGUUUGUUUAUUAUCUAUUGUACAUCGUAGGGCUGUAGACACGGCAGGGCUCACUGUAGAACUGAAACUCUGCACUUCAACCCUGCUGCAUUUGUCUUUUUAAUCCCAUGAAUAAAUCUUUUAGAAACUCUUU